CGAGGGGGGCUACAGAGCAGUCGCAGCGAAAGCAGCCGAAGGAUGCUCGUCUUUCAGGUGAGAUUCUGCGGGAAAUAAUCAUAAUUAAUCUCAAUUAACGGUAGACACACGUUCCUGGGGGUCUACCGCUUUACAGAUGAAGGGAAGGACAUUGACAGGAAUAUGCAAACAGCAUGCGGUGACUGAGGCGUAAAGGCGCAGUGUGUCCGGUGGCGGCAGCAGGCAUCUAGCUUAGAUGAAGGAUGAAGAGCCCAGUGCACAGAUGCAGGGAUGUAGAGCACGGGCGUGGGCAGGCCGGGGAUGGGGCAGGAGUCAACUGCCUACAGACUGAACAACGCAUCCCUAUCUCCAAAGACGUUAUCACUUCCUCCUCGGCCUCCGCCAUGUGGUUCAUCAGGGACGCCUGCGGCAUCGUGUGUGCCAUCAUCACCUGGAUGCUGGUGUUGUAUGCUGAGUUUGUAGUGCUGUUUGUAAUGCUGCUGCCCUCCAAGAAUCUGACAUACAGCAUUGUGAAUGGGACCCUGUUCAACAUUCUAGCCUUCCUUGCCCUCGCCUCGCACCUCAGGGCCAUGUGCACUGACCCUGGGGCAGUUCCAAAAGGGAAUGCUACUAAGGAAUACAUAGAAAGCCUUCAGCUGAAACCAGGGCAGGUGGUAUACAAAUGUCCCAAGUGCUGCAGCAUCAAGCCUGACCGAGCACACCACUGCAGUGUUUGCAAACGCUGCAUACGGAAGAUGGACCACCACUGCCCCUGGGUCAAUAACUGUGUUGGGGAGAACAAUCAAAAGUACUUUGUGCUUUUCACAAUGUACAUUGCACUCAUCUCUCUUCACGCUCUCGUCAUGGUGGUCUUCCAUUUCCUCUACUGCUUUGAAGAUGAUUGGACAAAGUGCAGUUCCUUCUCCCCCCCAGCAACAGUCAUCCUCCUUAUACUCCUGUGCUUUGAGGGUCUCCUCUUCCUCAUCUUCACCUCUGUGAUGUUCGGCACCCAAGUCCACUCCAUCUGUACCGACGAGACUGGAAUCGAGCGUCUGAAGGGAGAGACGGGGAAGUGGGGGAAGGUGCCAUGUUGGGAGGCGGUGCAGACGGCGUUUGGAGGCCCGUUCUCUCUGUCCUGGUGCAGCCCCUUCACAGGGCUGAGCUGCAAGAAGAGCCCACCCGAGCACGUCACCAUUCCACAGGGGGAGAUCAUUGAGGAGGACGUCAUAGAGAUACCACUCAACUAGCUCUGCAGUCUGACAGAGCUUCUACGCAAGCACAUUUAAUCCCUUUGGAAUUUGUGGACAAGAGACAUUUCCAAGUUUUUCUACGUAGCAAGAAAACACUUGGACUUGGAAUUUAUAUUUAUAUAUUUUAUUUUUUAUCUCAAAGACUUCUUAUCUACGUGAACAUAUCACAUUCGACACGUCCACUUCUCUCCCAGCGGAUUGCAGCCAUUUGCAAGGUAUACAAGGGAAGCAAACUUCUUGUGAAUACAUUUACCAAACCUCAGUAUCUUGUCCCUUUAUAAAUGCACUGUCAUUGCACACACUGUAAAGAGAAUCUAACACUUUGUGGAAAUUAUCUUUUAAUGCUUCACUCACGCUGCCACACCUGCAGUAUUUCCCUGAAAUCUUUAAUAUAUAUAAUCAAACUAUGUGGUAAAGUAAAGGAGCGGGAAGGAUUCAGAGCUCAAGGAGGAUGAUUGACUUGAAAGCGUCUCAGGAGAACUUCACUAACACAGUAGCACUACUCCGCUGCCUUUCUCUGAGGAUUUGAAUUCACCUUGUGCCUUAUCAGUCUUUUAUGAACAAAUACUUAAGCAUGACACACUUUGUUAUUGUUCAAUGACCCAUCUUCAUUCUGUGAUCUGUGUCUGGAGUCUUUAUUACUCGUGAAAAAAACAGAUGGUGACUGACUUCAUGUUGAUGAGGUUGCUGUGUGAUUGGGCGAGCUAGAAAACGGCUGCUAGACAAGGGCUUUUAACUGUAAAUGGGUGCUGGAUAUCAUGGGGCCACUCAAGUUUUAUCAUGUUUACAUUAUUUCAACAAACUGUUAUAUCACUGUGUGUGGGUUUCAUUUUUUACUUCUAAAAUAAAUUGGCAGUUCACAUGGAAAUCUGAAUAUUACAAAUAGUACCAUCUGUAAGAGUUUGGCUGUUGUAACAAUCAUCAAAGAAACAGAAUUGAUUGAAUUUUUACAAACUCAGCUGCAGUUUUAUAGCUCAAAGGGUAUUUACAGUAAAAUCCAAAAAGUUAGAAGGAUCAAGCAAGACAUUAUUCAUACAGCACAUUUAAUUCCAGGUGGAAGCACAAUGUGCUGCACAAAGCCUGAGUUAUCAAGGAGGUUGCAACAACAAAAACUAUGUGGAUAGAGUGAAGAUAAAACAUUAGACACAAAUUAAAAUGUGUCAAAAAACACAAAUGAUGCGAAUGAAUUAAAAACCAGAAAAUAAAAUAAUUAACACCAACAACCGAUCAGUAGGUGUCAAGGUGUGUAAAAUAAAACUAUAAAAAAGUAGAAAUAAAAUGUGAUUAAAAAUGAUAAAAAGUCUGAAAAGGCUGCCCUAAGUUGCUGAUUUUAGACGGAUUGUGAUAAUAAUAAUAAUAAAUAAUAAUAAUAAUCAAUCUUUAUUUAUAGAAACCCACGUUACAAAGUGUUUUACACAAGGCAGCAAAAUAAAUCAUGCAGGUCGAUUAAGGCAACAUUUAAAACAAGCAAUCAGAAAUACAAUUAAAGUGUCUUAGUGCAAAUAGACCAAAAGAAGUGUCACCAGCAAGAGAUCUGUAAAAAUGAAUACAACUAAAAAUAAAAAGUUGUCAAUAAAAAAAAUAAAUAAAAUAAAAUAAAAUAAAAAAUCAGGAAAAGCUCUAUGAUAAAAGUCUGUUUCAGAAGAGAUUUAAAGAGGUCAGCGAUCCUGCUGAGCUGAUUUCCUCAGGCAGCUCCUUCCAGAGUCUCGGGCUCUGACUGUGAAACUCUGUCACCUCUAGUUUUGAGCUUAGCUACGUGUGACAUUCAUGGCUGCCAAGAGUAAAACCACUAACUUGCAUACUUUAUACUGGUGCAUAAAAAGUAUUCUGCUACCCAUAUGUUCUUCAAGGGUCUUUUUAAUACAGCAAACAGAAUUCCUCAACUCAAAAGAAUAAUUUGUGAUUCUGGGGAAUUUGGGGACUAGUCAUGUCUGUACUGGAGAUGCUCUUAACAAUUUAUUUCCCUGUCAAUUAAACGUCAAUUUAAAUUUA